AUGGCCGCUACUAUCAAUGGCGAGGGUGAAAGCUCUCGAAAGUCAUUGUCGGUCUUGGUCGUUGGUGCCACAGGACAUGGAGGCUCCUAUCUCUCCCUGGAGCUCGUCAACAGGGGCCACUUUGUCACGGGCAUGGCGAGGCGGCCUGAGAAACUCGGAACUCAUCCCCUGUACACUCCUAAGGUAUUCGAUGUGGUCAACUCUCCAUUUUUGGAAUUGAUCGAGGAGUUUAGCCGAGGGUAUGAUGUGAUUGUCAACAUGUUUAGCCCCCAUUCCGAAGGCCAGGCAGCGUUGACAUAUAUGCCGUAUAUCGAGACCACCCGCAAGAUCUUCCGGGCAGCUAAGAUCGCUCGACCGCAGUAUUUUAUCAACGUUGGAGGAGCAGGCAGUCUUGAGCUGCCAAAGAUCGAACCUCAUCUCUGCGCAGCUGACUCGGGGCAUUUCUGGAGAGCGUUCCGCCAGGCGUUUGCUGAUUCUGAAGCCCAGAUCCAAUACAUGGAGGAGCGAUUAGGACUGUUGGGGUCUGGGCUGCGCAAGCUACGAACCACUCGCCUGAGAGUGAGAGACGGAACAGCGACGGAGGAAGAUGUCGCGUUCAUCAAAGAGUAUCUGCAGAACGCUUUUGAUGGAGACUACAGCCAAACCUUCGUCAAGGCGGGGAGAGUGACGUGGUUGUUCUUCGACGGCGACACAUCUUGGAAUUGGUCGUUUGUGUCGCCCCCAGCGCUCUACCGGCCAUGCCGUGGUGGUGAGGACUACCACGUCGUAGAAGGCUUUAUACCAUUGAGAGAGAUGCCUGAUCUCCGAUUUUAUUCGGGGUGGUACAAAGACGAUCCUAAGGACAUUGAGGGCAGGCUCCAGGGGAUCUCGACGGUUGAUUUCGUCCGAGCAGUAGCCGACGACGCGGAGUCGAAGUUUGGGCUGCAGAAGCAUUGGACUGCGUGGGCCGAGUUGGAAGACGAUACGCCUUUUCCAAGCUACGUGACAUUCGACAGGGGUGUCAAGACGCGGGAAGAAUAUGCCAUAGCCGUCUAA